UAGAGACGUCCAUAACGGACUUGCAGCUGUUCUGACAAACAAUAACAACAGCAGCGAUCGCACUCUCUGGCGAAAUAAAGUACGAAUACUGCAGUGAAGUUCUGCAGUAAAUUUCAUUUGGACGUCUUGACAGUAAGAGACAAGUCUGCGGGCGUCUUGUCACCGACGUUCCCAGUGAAGUAACUCUGGCCUCCGCUUGCUCUUCCAGCGACUCUGAACCGGGCGGAGCUUCGCCACCGCGGAAGAAAGCCCGAGUGUCGGCGGCGGAGGGCGCAGGAGAGACCGGGGCUUCUGCCGGGACCGCGGGCCUCUCUGCGGCUGUUUUGGGCUUCGCUUCUCUCCCAAGCCCCCGCGCUAUUUCUGCUCUCAGCUUUAACCUGCACAGGGGCACUGACACCAGCGUUUAUAACAUGCAGGCCAACGGGGCAGGACAGGGACAAGAUUCCGAGCUGUCCUGCCUAAAUAGCGCCCAAAACGGCGAAUCAUCAGCGGUCGGAGGAGCGCAUUCAAACGGGCUGCUGUCCUCCACAAACAACGGCACUGUUGUCACCGCAAACAACGGAGUCCCGGCACCGGGCAACCCUGCCACAUCUACCGGCACGACCUUGGGCUCAGAUACAGGCUCGAUGAAAAAGAAGAAACGAUUGUCUCAGUCUGAUGAGGAUGUGAUUCGUUUAAUAGGACAACAUCUACACGGGUUAGGGCUUAAUCAGACAGUGGACUUGCUUAUGCAGGAAUCAGGCUGUAGACUCGAGCAUCCAGCUGCCACUAAGUUCCGCAACCAUGUAAUGGAGGGAGAGUGGGACAAGGCUGAAAGUGAUCUCAAUGAGUUGAAAGCAUUGAUGCAUUCACCAAAUGCUAUUGUGCGCAUGAAGUUCUUGCUCUUGCAGCAGAAGUAUUUGGAGUAUUUAGAGGAUGGAAAGGUGUUGGAGGCACUACAUGUUCUCCGAGCAGAACUGACUCCUCUGAAGUACAAUACAGAGCGCAUCCAUAUUCUUAGCGGGUACCUGAUGUGCAGCCAUUCUGAUGAUCUCCGAGCCAAGGCUGAGUGGGAGGGAAAGGGUACAUCCUCUCGCUCCAAGCUGCUUGACAAACUCCAGACAUAUCUGCCUCCUUCAGUGAUGCUGCCUCCUCGCAGGCUACAGACUCUGUUGCGUCAGGCUGUGGAGUUGCAGAGAGAUCGCUGCCUCUACCACAACACCAAACUUGACAGCAGCCUGGACUCUGUCUCUCUUCUGGUGGACCAUGUAUGCAGCAGGAAACAAUUUCCCUGCUACACUCAGCAGAUCCUGACAGAGCACUGCAAUGAGGUCUGGUUCUGUAAAUUCUCCAAUGAUGGCACCAAACUGGCCUCAGGUUCCAAAGACACUACAGUUAUUAUUUGGCAGGUUGACCCGGAGACACACCUAUUGAAGCAGCUGAGGACUCUCGAAGGCCAUGCCUAUGGGGUGUCUUACCUGGCCUGGAGCCCAGAUGAUGCAUAUCUGAUAGCUUGUGGCCCAGAUGACUGCUCAGAGCUAUGGCUCUGGAACGUUCAGACUGGUGAGUUGAGGACAAAAAUGAGCCAGUCGCAUGAAGACAGCCUGACAAGUGUAGCCUGGAACCCGGAUGGGAAGCGCUUUGUAACUGGGGGUCAGAGAGGGCAGUUUUAUCAGUGUGAUCUAGAUGGGAAUCUGUUGGAUUCAUGGGAAGGAGUUCGUGUUCAGUGCCUGUGGUGCUUGAAUGACGGCAAAACAGUACUGGCUUCAGACACGCAUCAGCGUAUCCGGGGAUACAACUUCGAAGAUCUGACAGACAGAAACAUUGUGCAAGAAGAUCACCCUAUAAUGUCUUUCACCGUGUCAAAGAAUGGCAGAUUAGCCCUAUUAAAUGUCGCAACUCAGGGAGUUCAUCUGUGGGACCUACAUGAUCGGGUUCUGGUCAGGAAAUACCAAGGUGUGACACAAGGAUUUUAUACCAUCCACUCCUGUUUCGGUGGCCAUAAUGAAGAUUUUAUUGCCAGUGGGAGUGAAGACCACAAGUUGUACAUCUGGCACAAGCGCAGUGAGCUGCCAAUCGCUGAACUCACAGGCCACACACGUACUGUGAACUGUGUAAGCUGGAACCCAGUUCUGCCAGGACUCAUGGCCAGCGCGUCUGAUGAUGGCACUGUCCGUGUCUGGGGUCCUGCUCCCUUCACCGAGUCCCAGGAAGCAGAGAGGCUAGGUGAAUGCUGUAGCAUGGACAGUUGAUAUUGGCCCUGGAGCAGGAGGAAAAUUUGAGUAAACACUGCAAGAAAUUAAGGAUGAAUGAAGUAGAAAAGAAAAAAAUGCACACUGAUGUUUUUCUGGAGGUUAACCCCCAAUGGCAACGGAAAGGCUGAGCUUAAGCAGUAAAGUCGGACCACUUGAAUGAAACUCACCUAGCUGCUGGCCUUUAGCCCUCAGAUCUGCGUGGCUUCGCUCAGGAGGCUAAUUGACCUCAGUCUGAUAUUUGAGGAGCUGCAGCCUCACAAAAUACACCAAAUUAUUAUUUAUUACUCCUAUUAUUUAUUGCUGUAUAUCAAUUCAGGCAUCAGGAUUGAGUCGUAGUCAAAUUUUCUGUUAUUUACAAUAUUCACUCUGAAGAUUUUUUUUUUUAUUAUUACUAUUAUAAAUAUUUUAAUCAGUUUAGCUCAUGCAAUUUCCCUAGAGACCCCUGGGGGCAUCAAGGGCAUCAAGAUGUUGGAGGGGUCCACGUAAGAUCGUGCAUUAUAUCAUUACCCGUAUAUACAUUAGGUUUUUCAGGCAUCUGUGUGAUUGUGUGCCUGAGAGAAUUUUCACCAGCAGAAUGUAAUAAUUUUCCAUGUUUAGACAAUAAUUUUAAUCGACUGAAUUUGCAGGCAUUUUAACAGUAAGAUCAUUUUGAUUUCUGAGGAAAAUCUUAAAAACUGACUCCUUCCCCACAAAGUUUAUGGAAUUUAGUUUUCUAAAGUCUCUAUCAUUUAUGUAUGAUGGGUAAGUGAGAGGUGAGGCAACAAGAUAGAUAGGGGACAAGGUGUAUAAGAUUUCUCCUGACAGCAUUGCUUGCUAUGGGUAAGACAGCAAGUGUAUUGUCCCAUAAGCUGACCUUACUUGAAUCUUUUAAUCUGUCGGAGAGGGAAUAACCCAUUAAUGAAACUCAUCAAUGAGAUUUGGAAUUAGGUGCCCAUGGCCGGUCUCUCUUGUCCGCAUGCUCCUUGUUCCCUGCUUGUGGUGUCCUUGUGGACACCAUUUAAGACUUGGACCUUAUUUACAAGGUUAUGAGCACAUGUAAAUAUCAACCAUCAUUAUUGCAAGAAAGAAUGCUUUCACCUUUGUAAAUGGCUUAUAGAUGUCAGUCUUAUUUGAAUUGUUAUUGUAGCAAGUUCGCCAUUAAGGUUUUCAGUGAAUUAAUCGGGUGUUGAUAUUAAAACCAGGUACCAUGUGCGAUGGGGUUAAAAUAGACAAGAUUUCGUAUAUAUAAAAUGAUGAAUUGCUCAGAAGUGUUGAACCUGGUUGAGAGGAACACAGUUUAAGGGUAAUGUAAGCAAGCUAGGCUGUAAACAAGCCUUCAGAUCAUCUUUGCUUAAUGUUUUGGCUUACUGCAAUCUCCAUCCUAAUGUACUAAUACCCUUAUGUCAGUCAGCUGUCCUAUUUAGAUUCUUUUAUCUUGAUUUAAUUUCUUUUUUUAAACAUUGUUUAGAUAUACAAUCGAAUAAUCUUUACAGUCGGAUUUUUCUUUUUAUUUGCCUAAUUCAUUGUUUGUUAUUUUGAUCUUUUUUUUUUUUUUUACUUAUGAUUUCCUCGACUAUAACGAAAAAUCUUUCUUCAAAAGUGGCCUCUUAACUACCUUUCUUUUUCUCUAUGUGAUGUUCUUAUACUAUACAGAGUGUUACAGUCUGGUCAUCAAGCAUAAAAAAAACUAUUAUUAUUUGCUUGUAGUAUGUGCUUUGUGUGUGUGUGUGUGUGUGUGUAUUUUAUGGCAUGUAUUAUGACUGGUCAAAAAUAUUUAGAUUGAACACAUCUUUCCCUCCGAAUGACGUACGUUUCCACCUGCAUCAGGUAAGCUCCUCUGUACAGGUUAUCCCUCCCCUCACCAGCCAAACCUGUCUGGUCGCUGAGGAGUGACACGCACACACCGUAGGUCUAAUGUUUAAACACUGUAUCACCCAUGUUAUGUUCAAUAUUCUGCAUAUGCAAAUGACCUUUUUUUUGACUUUGUAUUUCAUUUUCAGACAACUUGUUUUUGCUUUCCUGUGCUGUGAAAGUAAGGCUGUGAGCCAGCACAUUAACCACAUGGCCCAGGGUACAUUUACCGGGCAAAAAGUUUGCUUUGCAUCAGGUUCUGAAAGAUCCGUUUUGCGUUUAACUGUGUUAAUAUUCUAAGUGAUUGUACCGUUAUGUAAUGUGUAGGAUAAGUCUUACAUAUGCAUAUUUUCAAUAAAGCAUUCAGGGUUUUAAAAACACAAACACAA